UCGAGAGCCUUACCUACUACUGCAACAAACGACAAUAUCGUCGCCAUUCUCAUUGCCGCCACCAUCACUUUGUUUUCGCCAAAUCCAAGGCGUCCAACAACAAACUUCUUUAAGAUCCUAACGACGAUCGGUGGUGAGGGAGCUGCCUUUGCAAUUAACAAGAAUAACAGCAACAACAAAAACAACAUCGAAGUUGGCGACAAGAACGACGACGGCCACCAACACCACCAUAUGUAUGGGCCUGAUCCCCACGAAUGUGUAAAAGCAACAAAAAGUGAUUUAUUUCUGAAAAUGUUCACAACCUCAACCAACAAAGGCUUAAAGAGAAGGAAAAGCAGAGAGCCAGAGAGUAAAUUUUUUAUGCAUGAUACACAACGACAACAAAAAAUGCCGGCUUAAACAGGGGGAGAUUAGUCUUACGAAGCGUACACAUUCAACCAAACAUAGAGAGUGAGAAACAAACUCCCAAAGAGAAGGAAAGAACGGGAGAGAACAAGAUCUGCUUGCAUUCCGCACUGCUGUAUUUGUCUAAGUUGUUGUUUCCUGCUUGCACAUUACUUGACAAGAUAUCAAACCCAACAGACCUUUGUUAAGCUCCACUCCCCCAAAUGUAAAAUUCAUCGAACGCGGUUACGUACUUAGUGAAGCGACGAGUGCGGGCUUAAAAAUUGUAGUUCUUGUUGUGUUGUUGAGUAUUUCAUUUUUUUCUCUCGGGCAAACACAAACUCAAUUCAAUAAACUAAACUUAAAAAAAGAAAAAAACUAAUUUUACCGAAUGGGAAAAAUCAUAUCCCAUCUGUUUGAUAAUAUUAAAAUUAUCAUGUACAAAUAACUUUCUUCAACCACAACUAUGCAAUGUGAAAAUCUGUCUUCUUUUAUAUCGCUGAGUGAAAAUAAAUGUUGAACUUAUCACAUUAUGUUUUAAAGUUUUCCUGAAUCUUUCUUUGAGAAAAUUACUGAAUGUAUUUGAAAUUCCUUGUAAAAAUCGAAAGAAGUUAAUUUGUGCACAAAGGAGUUUAAACAAAAUCCCACUUUGCUCGAUAAAAUCCCUCAAAAAUGCGUCAUUGAUACUUUUACACAUCUGAGAAUAUUUGUUGCUUCUCGAAAAUUUAAUCAAUUAGUGAUAGACACUAAAGGCAUUAUCAAUUAACUUUAGAAAAGCAAAAUUGUGAAAAAAAACAUUAAAAAUUGAAAACAUCCAGAAUAAAUCGAAACCAAGAAGAUCUAUUAGAAAUGCAAAAGUCGGUAUAACAAUAAAAAUCAAAAGAUUUCUGUAAACUAAAUAAAUCCCGUAUUCCCAAAGCGUGAGAAAAUCCCCAAUUUCUGCAAUUAAUUGUGAUGCUUUCAAAGUUUAUAUAAAAAAUGUAAUUAAUAAAAAAUAUCUAAAAUUUUAAGGUUAAAAAUUUUUAUGAAAAUCUCAUACACAAUAAGAAAUCUAAUCGUAACACAUAUGACACAGAAGAUGACACCAGAGUUACGUAGUUCUAACGAUUAGUCUAAAAAUAUAUUGCCCAUCUGCUAAAUAUACUGACAAAAAAAAAAAAUAUUGUGCCUUAUUGCAAAUAAGAAAUUUUUGUGAGUGUAAACGAUUGCGAUAAACGAUCUCUUUCUCUCUCUGUUGCUCACCUUUGCCUACUAAUCAUCAUCAGUGUUCCAAUUUAUCCGCUCAGGUGGCAGUCGUCGGUUCGGUAGUUUUGUCGUCUCGUCUCGUUACGAUAUUGAAUUGGGGUUUGUUCGUUUAACUUCAUCGUGCCUCGUUGUUUCACCGGUUGUGUGUUUACGGCAAACAAUGUGCACAAAAAAAUGUUUUCGCAUGCCCACGUUAGUCAUACUCGGUGUCAUUUUCACAAUCGUUUUGGUCUUCAUUACCGGCAUAACACUGACGAACAGCAUCAACAUUUCGAACAUUGUUAAGUUGCGCGAAAAGGUUGCCAGCGAUUCGGCGGCGGCCAAUAGUGCCAAUGCGGCCCAGACCAGGGCAGCUCUGGUCGAAACGCAAUACUCGACAUUGCAGCAGCAUCAUUUGUCGCGCAGCGACUUGAACUACAUCACCGCCAAUCAUCCCAAAAAUCUACAACGCUUCCAGUCAUCCUCCUCCCCACAGCAGCCGGAGCAGCAGCUGCAACAACAGCCAUUAUUGCCUCCUCAUGUGUCAGCAACUGCGACAGCGAAUAACCACAAUAAAAUUAUCAUUGAAAUCGGUAUCAGUAACUUUAGCCUGCCACAAAAGCCCUCCACGGCAGGCAAUGUCAAUAAAUCGACCACAUCUUUGACUUCGUCGUCCACAUCAUCAGCGUCUUCCACCGAUGCUAAUCAUCAUGGGGAGACCUUAGCAGCCGACUCGGCAACGCAUAAGGCCACAUCCGUUAUUGAAGAUUUAGUGGCGCCUUUGAAUGGCGCCAUUAUUGAUGGCCACAUCGAAUCCAUAUCAGUGCCAGCCACCUCGGAAAUUCGUCAACAAUUAAACGAAACUUUCAAAUAUUUUGGGGAAAAUUUUAAACAAUCCAAUGCAACGACGACUGUGUCCAAAACAGUGACAUCUACUUCUCAAAAUGAAACUACCUUAAAUUCCGAUAUAAUCACCGUUCCAACCCAGACACAAGAAAUGCAUUCUCAAAACAACAGCAGCAGUUCAAAUGUUGCUCAUCUUCCAUUAACCAAAAACGCCACAUCAUCAGCAGAGAUCUCAUUGUCGGCCGCACCAUCGCCAACAUCUGAAACAUUUGGAUGGCUUUUAAAUAAUUCCUUAAAUUCUUUAACUUCAGCAAAUGCAUCAUUUGCUGCCACGCUACCAGCAAUUACCAAUGAUACGGAAACGACGUCAUUGCCACCAACUGUUGGGCCGCCAUUUUUGGGUUCCCUGAUAUCGGCUGCUGCUGUGCCAGCAACAAAUCAAUUAAGUAUUGAAGAUCAUAAUCCCGGCAUGAUUGAUUUUGAAAAACGCAAUUAUGUUAAAAAGAUGAUGCAACAUGCCUGGCAAAAUUACAAACUCUAUGCUUGGGGUAAAAACGAAUUGCGACCCCUUUCACAACGGGCCCACAUCGGUAGUAUAUUUGGUUCUCAAGAAUUAGGUGCUACAAUUAUCGAUGGUCUGGAUACCCUUUAUAUAAUGGGCCUGGAGAACGAGUACAAAGAGGGACGUGAUUGGAUCGAACGGAAGUUCUCACUGGACAAUGUCACCGCCGACUUGUCAGUGUUUGAGACGAACAUUCGUUUCAUCGGUGGCCUGCUUACAAUGUAUGCCUUUACCGGUGAUAAUUUGUACAAAGAAAGAGCCCAACAUGUUGCCGACAAAUUAUUGCCCGCAUUCCAGACGCCAACCGGUAUUCCUUAUGGUCUCGUCAAUCCCAAAACAGGAUUGAGUAAAAACUAUGGAUGGGCUUCGGGGGCAAGUUCAAUUCUCUCAGAAUUUGGCACUCUGCAUUUAGAAUUUAGCUAUUUGAGCGACAUCACCGGCAAUCCUCUGUAUAAGGAAAGAGUACAAACGAUCAGACAGAUAUUGAAAGAAAUCGAAAAACCCAAAGGAUUAUACCCCAACUUUUUGAAUCCCAAAACUGGCAAGUGGGGCCAAUUACACAUGUCUCUUGGAGCCUUGGGUGACAGUUUCUAUGAAUACCUAUUAAAGGCGUGGCUUCAAUCCGGUCAAACGGAUGAGGAAGCUCGCCAAAUGUUUGACGAAGCCAUGGUUGCUAUUAUCGAUCAUAUGGUGCGCACAAGUCUAAAUGGUUUAACGUAUGUUUCUGAUUUGAAGUUUGAUCGAUUAGAACAUAAAAUGGAUCAUUUGGCAUGUUUUGCUGGUGGUCUUUUUGCAUUGGGUGCCAAUACGAGACAAAAUGAACACACGGAGAAAUUCAUGAGUAUAGGGAAAGGUAUUACGAAUACCUGCCAUGAAAGUUAUAUCAGAUCGACAACACAUUUAGGACCAGAAGCAUUCCGCUUUAGCGAAGCCGCCGAGGCCCGUGCCUUGAAAUCUAAUGAAAAAUACUACAUUCUAAGACCUGAAACCGUGGAGAGUUACUUAGUGCUCUGGCGCUUGACACACGAUCAAAAAUAUCGCGACUGGGGCUGGGAUGCGGUGCAAGCCCUAGAGCAGCAUUGUCGCACACCACAUGGCUAUUCGGGCAUUAAAAAUGUCUACCAAGAUGCACCACAAAAGGAUGAUGUGCAACAAAGUUUCUUUUUGGCAGAAACACUUAAGUAUCUGUAUCUCCUGUUUUCGGAUGAUUCGCUGAUACCCCUGGAUGAAUGGGUCUUCAAUACUGAAGCUCACCCUUUACCCAUUAAGGGAUCGAACAUCUACUACCGCCAAGCGGCGUCAACAUCCGCCGCAGCAACGAAUGCUUCCUAAAAUGCAAAUUUAGCCAAAUUGUGGGAUGUCUUAGAUUCAAAUCUAUUCCAUAUGCUGCUCGUAGUUGUUUUAAGUUUCUUUCUCUUUGUCUAUUACCGUUGUUUUCGGUAGACUCAUAUCCCAAUAUUGACAUUUGAGUUAUGACGGCUCAUGCGCCCCCUGUUCUGCAGGCGGUCAUGCAACAAAAUUGUAUCUUUUUAUCAAAACCGAUUGUUCUUCUUUCCCGCUAUUAUUUUAUUUUUGUUUUUUUUUUACCUAGUCAAGUAAAGUUGACUUCGUCUUUUAUUCUGUUUUUAAAUUAAUUUGAAUUUUGAUAUGAGACGUGUGUUAAAUAGCAGAUUAUGCCAAAGUUUCCAACAGCCUUAUGCUAGAAGGCUGAAUGAAGUUUUCAAAAUCAAAAACUAUCUUUUAUUGUCUAUUUAGAGUAAUGCAAUUGUCUGCCAUUUGACAUUGGGGUCCUUAUGAUCGAUCCUCUUUGUAUCGCCGGAUCAGCUGCAACAAUAAUAACUACAACAACAACAAAAAUAUAAACUUUAAAUAAUUCGCACACAUUUGUAGAACUAACUAUCGAAUUUUCAACACCCUCUGUAGAAUUAUAUAAUUUUGUAUGAUAAUUACCAUUUAAUAUUACUAAAGAACUAUGAACAAAACAAAACAAUAUUUCAACAAUAAACGUAAUAAUGACAAAAGGUCAAUCUCUACAAUUUCAAAUCGCAUGCACCAUUUUUAGUUUGUUUUUAUAUACAUACAUAUAUACGAGUGUGUAUGUAUAUUUUUUGUAGCAUAAUUUUUUUCUCGCUAAUUUAAUAUCUUAGUUGUACGUUCAUAUAUACUGCUUAGAUAUUACUUAGAAUUUAUAAUUGUUUGAAUUUUAGUUUAUUUAAUAUAUAAAUAUGCAUCGUUUUUGUUCGUAAUUUAUAUUAUGUAUGUUAAUAUUAUUAAUAGCAAGCAAUGUUUCCUCUUAUGUUUUAAAUUUUUCCUAAAUAUUUGCAACCGAGGCAACUUCCGUAUUCAAUCUAAUUAAGUUCAAUUUGUUAAACAUAUAGCAAGAAUUUUGAAGUACACAAUUUAUGAAGAUUAUGACGAAGAAGAAUAGAUAUUUUAUCAAAUACAUCCAUAACGCACCCACUCGAACAUACUUUGUGUACGUGAAAUAUCCAAAUGCCGUGAUAUAAAGAUUUUCUUAUUUUUAAGCAGGAGGUUAAAUCAAAAAUAAAAUUAAAACAUUUUGUUGAGAAAUGUUCUUCAAUUACAAUUUUAAACGAAAUUUGUAUUAUUUUAUUCCUUUGCUGUUUGUAAAAAAUGUGUCCAUUUUACAUAAAUGUAUUUUUGCUGUAGUUCAGAAUUUGCCAAAAAAAAAAAUGUUUUGAAUAUUUUAACUUUGCACCUCUUUUAUGGAUGAUAUUAUUCAAUAACUCUGCAUCAUUGGUGCUGUCUCGUCUCCUCUAUUUUCCUUCUUCAAUGCCUGUAAGAAAAAAACAAUCUGUCAUAAAACUGUGCAUUUCGAACACUUCCGCAACAUCUAACGACGAUAACAUGAUCGGGGAAUCUAUGUCGAUUUACUGUAUUACUUGUACCUACCAUAGGAUUUGUCCUACAAAUGUGAUCUACAAUUCAAAUUUAUUAGCCAAAAAUGUUUAGAUUUUUUUCUAGUUGUGUAAAAGAACCCGCUUGUCGACAGGGACUCAUGCCAUUUCUAUGAACAUGAAUUGAUUGAUUGACUACAUGUUAUUUAAAGCCUAUCUGAUGGCCCAUAUGAACAUAAAUUACAAAAUUAUCUACAGAGAUAUUAACGGCCUUAUUCACAAUAACAUUUUAUUAUGAGUUUAAAAUCUCAUUAAACUAUUCGCAUACCUAGUUAUGGCCUAAAACUUGGACUGCCUUGAAAGGCUACACAUUCACCAAAUUUAUUGAUAGCAGUUCUCUAGCUCUUACAGUCAAGAGGUCAUUACUCCACUAUUGCCCAGCACCAAAUCGUUGGGGAUUUGGCAUUCCCCGGGAAGGAAAGAACUCCAAGACAGUGCGUGUCACCAUCUUAGUCCCGGCACGUGAACAUUGAGGUCCGAUCUGUUUGGCGUUCUUCGCUGUCACGAGAAGCUUCGCUGCGAACAAUCAGCGGUAUCGAGCGGAGAGUCGCAGUGAAAAGUCGGAUGGGACCGGCUCUUCCAAAAAUAUUGAGUGCCGAUGAUCCUCGAUAUGACAAGGCGAGUUAUUGACGUAACCAUCUUGGUUGUUAUUUCCCUAUUGGUUAACUAACUGUCCAUAAAAACGUUCACCCUCGAUUUUGCGUUGACACUGCACCAUCUCAGGUUUGUAAGAUUUUCGCGUCCACAGGUCGUCGCGGACAAUCAGGUAUCGAGCGGAGUCUCAGUGAGAGGUCGGAUGGCAUCGGCUCUUCCAAAAUAUUGAGUGCCUAUGAUCCUCGAUAUGACACGGCGAAUUAUUGGCGCAACCAUAUUGGAUGUUAUUUCCCUAUUGGAUAACUAACUGUCCAUAAAAACGUUCACCCUCGAUGUUUUUGCGUUGACACUGCACCAUCUCAGGUUAUUGGCGGUGGUUUGUAAGAUUUCUUAAAAUAUUAUGAUAAUGUCAUGUUCAGAAAAUGCGUCAAUUUCCUCCUUAAGCCAAUUUCCUCCUUAGGAAUAGUCGCGGAAAUUUUAAUUGUUCCACGAGCCCAAUUUAACAGCAAUCAAAUAUUUUUGUUUCCAUACCAAAACACUUUUUUCUGCACUUUUUGUUUUCUCUACUUAAUUUUUUUUGCACAUAAAGAAAGAAGAACGAACAGUUGAAAUCAAUAAAACAUACAAAUAUGGUUACAAUGGUACAAUGGUUUCAAGUGUUGCCACUUUGCUUUUUUUUUGUCAUUUUCCUCACGAUAAGCAGAGUACUAUUACUUUUCCGCCUGUUUUUAGCCAACGUUUCGCCGACGUUUUUUUAUUUGGAGUUUGACAGCAUUCCGCUCAAAAAGCUGAACAUAAUACUCAGCUUUACACUCUAGGCCUGUUCUUGGUUUUACCGUCUUGAUUGUAAUGGCCCUAAGGGCCGAGAAGAUAUUCACACUCGGCAAUCUCGCAUUAAAACCGUACCACCAGACACGUUUCUGCUAUGGUCAGCGAGAGGAAACAGAACUCGGUCCAUGAGUUCGCAAUACAGGCGACUAGACGAGUUCUUUCUUCUAGCUUUGAUCCGUCCGCGAAAUAUUAACUAUUAGAUUUCAAUCAACAGUUGAUUGUGAUGCUAGAAAAAAUGUCUCAAACUCGACCUCAAUUGUGGUUCUUAUUGUCGCUAGAUUCGUUUGUGGUCCUCGUCAAGCAUGCUUAUUCCGGUCGAUACGAACGCAAUGACUGCAUUAUAGCCAUUGGUUAUUUAAAGACGCCAAUAACUCGCCAUGCACAGAAAAAUAUAACUCUUAGAAAAAACCAACUACCCAAUUUCUGUGUGAAAUUUUAAAUUCUCAUCAAAUUUUUGCAUUGAAUCGAAGACAACUCAAACACAACACAAAAACUCCCAUGGCAUUCACGACUUGCAAACACAGGUUCAAGUCCCCCGACAAGACAAAAUAAAUUAAUAUUUAUUCAUUAAACUUGUUUUCGAAAAUUUGGCAUAAAAAAUAUGUAUUUCGUAUUCACAGAAAAAUUUUAGAGUGGUUUUUACCUUUUUUUAAAUUAAAUAAAUUGAGAUACUUAUUACUGUGCAGCAGUACUUAACGAGUUAUUUCAUUAUAAAGAAGAUGAUGUUGGUAGGCUAGUGGAUGCGUACAAGACUACCAAACAUGCGUCACCAAAAUUAUCGAAAUUUUUAAGGGUAAUAAUAGAGAGAGUGGCAGAGAGUAGCGAACGAAUCGGACAAAGAAAAUAAAAACACACCAGCAGCCGAAGCAAAGCACAUGCGGCGGGCUGGUAGAUGUUUUUUUUGUCUUGCUUAUGGAUGCUGUUUUUGUUGUUAUAUGAUGGCUUGAAAAGAGUGCCUUUCAACAACAAAUUUGUACUUUGGGUCGUUGGGAUUCAAAAUAAAUUAUUGCAGGAAAACUGCCAACUUCCGUAGAUGUUUUUUCCACCAAAGUUGCUGCUUUUCAAAAUUAUUUUUAUCUGUGUGUCAUAUCGAGUAUCACAGGCAGUCAGUAUUUAGGCAGGAGUCUGCCGGCCGACCUCAUACUGAGAAUAUCUCCUCGAUAUCGUUGAUUGUUCGCGACUGCAGUUGUAAAUCACACAAAACGAAGCGUAGAAUUCCAACCCGUGUGGUGCUUCCGUGUCGGUUUGGAUCAUCAUAAUUUUUUUUAGCACCACGAGCCUAAGUGAGAGCAACACUACCGUUGAUUUUAUAAAUCUUUAAAUUGAUGGUCCAGGCUUAAAAACGGGUCCACUCUUUGUAAAAUCUGAGUCGGAGUUACGGAGUUAACAGUUUAAAAAUUGGCUGGAAAUUGGAACGCAGAGUACACUUAUGUUAUGGAACAACCACAUCAAGCAACGUACAGGUAUAACAACUUAAAUAAAGAACAUCAAGAAUAACAUAUUUCGUAGCUACCUACACAACCACUGUGAUACAGGGAAUUAUAACUUAAUGAUUUUUUUUGUAACGAGAGAGAUGGAACGAGAACGAGAAAAGAUGGACCCAUUAAUAAUCGAUGAUCGACUCGUAAUCAUUUUUUGAUUCCAACUAGCCAUGUAGUUUGUCUACCAAAGGCCUGCACAAGAUAAUUUCCAAAACACACUUUUUUAUAUGAGACAGACACGACAACGAUUUUUGUGAUCAGUUCAUCUUUUGAAAAUGACAGCGAGACGCUUUCAUAUGACUCAGUGUGCGGCGUGUUAUGACCCUCCCCCUUUUGCUAAAAACACAACACAAAAUCAAAAGUGGACCGAUCUGGACAUCAAAUGAAAGAUAUUGGAGAGUAGAAUACGAAUAUGGCAUUAAAAUAUCAGUCUAAGUACCUAUCGGGCCGCCCCAACCCAAAACUCCCCCAAACAGACAUAUUGGGGCUCAAAUGAAAGGUAUUCGGGAGUAGAUUACGGGCAUAUGCCCAAUCAUAACUAUAUGGGACUCCGUUAGUUUGUUUGUUCCGUAGAAUCAAAAACGACUGAACCGAUUUUCUUAAAAUUUUCACAGAUUGUGUAGGUUUGUCUGGAAGAAAACAUAAGCUUUAUAAUUCUUAGAUAUCGGACGUGGGCGGACCCUUCACCUUACCACAAAAACGCCACCCAAAACCAAUAGUGAACUGGUAGGCACAAUAUGGGUAUCGAAUGGAAGGUAUUGACUAGAAAACGAACAUCGUAUUAAAAUUUGAUCCAAGUACCCAGAAAGUCGGAUACAAUCGACUUUCAUGUCACUAUGGGACUCAAAUGAUAAGUAUUCCGCAGAAGAUUACAAAUAUGGCAUACAAAAUUAGGUCCAAGUAAUGGGAGGUCGACCCACCCCCAACUGACCAUGGCUAUAUGAGACUCAAAUGAAAGGUAUUUGGCAGUAGAUUACGAAUAUGAAUAUGAGAUUGAGAGUAAAGGAACGAAUUUGAUAUUUGUUUUCAGGACAAUGUGCCGGUGGCCGCCCCAGCCCCAAAACACCCUCCAAACGCUUCAUAUUUACCAAACAUGGCAAUAUGGGGCUUAAAUUAAAGGGAUUUGUGAGUCGAGAACGAAUUUGAUAUCCACAUUUGAGUCGUAAUGACUGAGGUUCCUUCAAAAUCACUUCUUUCCUUAAAAUCACUUUUCAUUGCCAUAAUUUUCAAAAACAGUAGAUCUCGGAGAUUGGUAAUGUAAUACUUUCGAAAUAUUUUUGCACUCUCACAGUCACCAUAACCAAAACAUGGUUUCUAUUGGUGAGGUCGGGUGCCUUGGGGGCCGCCCAAAACCCGCCAAAUGGAUGUAUAGAUCAAUCACGACAAUUUAGCAUUGCGACACCUCUUUGGGGAGAAUUUUGUAUAGGACCAUGCAUGACAUGGCACCUCGCAAAUGUCGCCAGCAUUAAGAGGGGGUAAAAACAGCUUUAAAUUUUGUCCGAUGUUCUCGCCAGACUUCAAACGCAUGCGUUCAACGUCAUAGGCUACAGUGGCACGAAUUCGAUAUCCACAUUCGAAUUUGAUAUCCACAUUCAGGGCCAAGU